AUGCCGACCCUCCGAUCUGCCGGGCUGUUGGCCCUUCCGUUCAUGCAAUUGGCACAAGCUAUCGCCUUCAAGGCUCCUGUGCCAACCGAUGGACCUCAAGGGCAAUUGUAUAAUCCAGCCAGACCGGAGACAACUCCGGGACUGGAUAUAAACAGUCCAUUAUUGCAGCGGCGCGAUUCCACGUGGGCCUAUACGCAGACCGGUUAUAUGCAAGCAUCGGCAAAUGUCUGUGGUUACUGGAAUGGCGAUUCGAAUGCGGGUAUUCAAUGCGCCGAAGACUUCACCUGCGUGUUUCAUACAACUACCGACAGCAACGAUGCAUUCCCCGGCAUGGUAGGAUGUUGUCAAAGCAAGAACUGUGCUUUUGAAACUUUCUGCUACGACUCGUCUAAAGUGUCAGCCACCCCGUCCCUCACUAAGACCUUCGAUGCCUUCGGAAUGUACUGCACAGAUUCGUCAGCGCCAGCCUGCAUCUCAUACACCUACCCCGAUCUCGGAGUCCAGGAAUUUGGCUGCGGUGCAACUGCCGACAUUUCCUCCAUAUACACAACCGCAUCACCUUUGACCAUGACUGCAUCCACAGAAACUUUGACGAGUGUUCUUUUGUGGACGGUUGCAGAUGAAUUCCUCAGCUCUUAUACCUCUUCUUGGUCCUCGAGAUACGGCAGCACAGCCGCGCCAAAGAACACGGGAGUAUCUUCUGCCUCGGCCACCGCUACUAGCACGGGCACUCAAACCGAAUCUGCCACCGGCCUUACCGAAACGACCAGCACGGCAUCAUCAUCAUCAUCAUCCCAACCGUCCUCUUCGUCAAACACAGGUGCCAUUGCAGGUGGUGUUGUUGGAGGCGUCGUCGGCACCGCAACCGUUGUAGGCGCAAUUUUCUUUUGGCUGCGCCGGAGCAAGAAGCAACGUCAACAGAAUGCCGCAGUUGACGGAGCAGGAGAUGGAUACCGGGCUAUUCCCGGAGGUCAAACGCCUUCAGCCUGGGGGAUGCAAACACCGGCCGAAAUGGAGGGCAACUACGCGCCUCACAAAUACCCCGAGUUCCAAGGCGAUAUUCCCGACCAGGGUGCCCUUCGUGUAGCCGGCAUGCAAGAAAGAGACACGGAUGAAGUGUAUGAAAUGGAUUCGGGUGAGGCCAUCACGAGGGCCAACCCCGAGUUGCCGACCGAUUAUGACAUCAAGCACAAGACCGAGGGCAACAACCCGGAGCCCAAGGAGCCCAAGGAGUCUACUUAG